GGGGGGGGGGGAAACUAUAUAUUUAUUCUCAUACUCCGUAGUGAGUAUGUAUGGUUCUGGGCAGGCUGUUCUCGGAGGGUCCGCGGCGACGCUCCGCAAAUCCCAAGGACCACGGGGCGGGUGACAGAUCCAACACCACCACCCGGAAACAGACGAGCAUCUGAUGUCGUCCCUGCGACCGAACGUGCUUGGCAGAUAAUCUGGGCUCAUCCGACCCAACUUAAUUUGGACCGUCCAGCAGGAAACUGUCAGGACCUCGGAGUGGUGAUGAUGAGGCCCCUCGGCCAGCUGAUCAUGCCCAUCCGUGCCCAAAACACCGAAAGUCCGACGUAUCAACGGCUCUCGUUCCACCUGGCAGGCUGGCAGGCUGGCAGCAGGGCCAAAGGGCUCUUCUCCAUUCGACCUGCAGGUUGACCGAGGGAAUUGCC